GGUCAAAGAACACGCUCCCUGGUAUCAGGACUCAAGGAACCACCCACGGCAGUCUCAAGAAUCCGAGGAAGUUUCUGCCCGGUGGGCGGGCGUUUCUCAUCCGGGCUAUUCUCGUUGCCCGUUUUGUCAAACCCGACAGCUGCUACGGGUGAGGAUCCAUUCCCUCACCUCGUGCAACGGCGGGCCAUGACCUACCUACGUCAACUCAAGUCCACUUUCCCUCUGGGUCCUUGUCUCCUGAUGGCAAAAAAAGCUAUUACCGUCGCCGUCGUUGAAUCCGCUCGCAGGGACAGAGUGUAA